ACCAUGUUCGGCCAGAUCCUGCACCGCCACGGGCCCGACGACCACUUCAUUAAGGUCAACGUGGGCGGCUCCAGGCAGAAGGUGGCGCGCAGCCUGCUGCGGCGCUUCCCUCAGUCACGGCUGGCUCGCCUCAGCUGCUGCGGGUCGCAGGAGGCCAUCCUGGAGCUCUGCGACGACUUCAGCCCCACCGAGAUGGAGUACUACUUCGACCGCAGCCCCAGCCUCUUCUGCUACGUGCUGAACUUCUACCUGACCGGGAAACUCCAUCUGGACGACGGGGUGUGUGUGAUCUCCUUCGCGCAGGAGAUCGAGUACUGGGGCAUCAAGGAGCGCCACCUGGACCUGUGCUGCGGCGAGCGAUUCCAGGAACUGAUGGAGCUGGUCACGGAUCAGGGCUUGGGGAACGACAGCGAGAGCCUGUCCAUGUCAGCGCUUUCGCUGUCGGAGGAUGAGGAGGAGAUGUUCGAGGGGUCCUGGUGUGCAGAGACCCGAAGAAACGUCUGGCUCCGACUUGAGAAUCCCACCUACUCCAAGUUGGCUAAAGCCAUAGCUGUGGCGUCCCUGAGCGUGGUCCUGGUCUCCAUCGUGGCCAUGUGCGUCCACAGCCUGCCAGACUUCCACCGCAUGGAUGAAAACGACCAGGAGAUCGAAGAUCCCAUCCUUGCCACUCUGGAAAACAUCUGCGUGGUGCUCUUCUCCGUGGAGUUUAUCAUCCGCCUGGCGGUGGCGCCGUCACCAUGGAGGUUCUUGAGUAACUCCCUGAACCUCAUCGACCUCAUGUCUGUGAUGCCCUUCUACAUCACUCUGAUCUACGACCAGGUGGACGACGGCGAGAACAAUGAGCUGGAAAACGUGGGCAAAGUCGUCCAAAUCCUGCGGCUGAUGAGGGUUUUCCGCAUCCUGAAACUGGCCCGCCACUCGGCCGGGCUGCGCUCGCUGGGAGCUACGCUGCGCCACAGCGCCCACGAAAUGAGACUCCUGGUCCUCUUCCUGUCUGUCAGCAUCUCCGUCUUCUCCACGCUCACUUACUUUGUGGAGAAGGAGUCGCCGGAGUCGCUCCUGCAGAACAUCCCCAUCUGCUGGUGGUGGGCCACCAUCAGCAUGACCACGGUGGGAUACGGGGACACUUUUCCGGUGACUCUCCCUGGGAAGCUCAUUGGGACGCUGUGCAUCGUCUCCGGCCUUCUGAUCGUCGCUCUUCCGAUCACCAACAUCUUCAACAAGUUCUCCAUCUUCUACGAAAGGCAGAGGCUGAUGGACCUGAACAAGAAGAAAGGGCUUUCCGGGGAGUAG